CUCCCCCUCCCCUCCCCUCCCCUCCCCUCCCCCCCGUUCCACCCUUUACUUUACUUUUAAUAAUAACAAUAAUACCAUCCAAAAUGCCCCCCAAACGCACCCUCAUCCUCGCAUCUAACCGCCUCCCUCUCUCGCUGAAAAAGACCUCCUGCGGCACCUACGAAUCAUCCCUCUCCAGCGGCGGACUCGUCACCUCGCUCUCCGGCCUGACCAAAACCACCACGUUCAGCUGGUUUGGCUGGCCCGGGAUCUGCGUCCCCGAUGCGGAGGAACAGGACCUGGUGCGCAGGAGUUUAGGGGCGCAUAAUGCCGUCCCCAUCUUUUUGGAUGAGGAGUUGGCGAAUGAGCAUUAUAAUAAUUUCUCAAAUUCCACCCUCUGGCCAACUCUCCACUACCAACCCGUUCCCUCCUUCCACACCCCCGCCUGGACCGCCUACACCCGCGUGAACGAGAUCUUCGCCGACGCUAUCGCCGCCGCUGCCGCCCCCGGCACCCUCAUUUGGGUGCACGAUUACCACCUCAUGCUUCUCCCGGGGAUGCUGCGCGAGCGGCUUCGUGGGAGGAACUGCGCUAUCGGGUUCUCAUUGCAUACGCCCUUCCCGGCGGGGGAUUUCUGGCGGAAUUUACCUGUCCAGGAAGAGUUGUUGAGGGGGGUCUUGGGGUGUGAUGUGUUGGGGUUUCACACGGAGGAGUAUAGGAGGAACUUUUUGGGGUGUGGGGAGGGGGUGGGCGCGGUAGUAGACGAAGAUGGACGGGUGAGGUAUGAAGGCCGCGAGGUGGUCGCGGAGAAGUUCAUCGUCGGGAUCGAUCCGCAGAAGUUCGCGGAUGAGUUGCAACGCAGCGAGGUGCGGGAUCGGAUCAGCCAGUUGAGGGAGAAAUAUCGUGGCGUAAAAGUCAUCAUUGGGGUGGAUCGGCUGGAUCAUAUCAAAGGCCUAACGGGGAAACUGAAGGGGUAUGAUGCGUUCCUGGACCAGUAUCCGGAGCUGAGCGAGCGCGUCGUGCUCAUCCAGGUGGCUGUGCCUAGUCGCGAGGAUGUCAAGGAGUAUCAGGAUCUGGAGACGGAGGUUAGCACGAUCGCGGGGAAGAUUAAUGGGAAACAUGCUACCGCCGACGGCUGUCCGCUGAUCUACAUGCAUCGCUCCGUCUGCUUCAGCGAGUUGACGGCGUUGUAUGCCAUCGCGGACGUGUGUCUGCUGAGUUCAACGCGCGACGGAAUGAACCUCGUCUCGUUCGAGUAUGUGGCGUGUCAGGCGGAGCGACACGGGGUGCUGGUGCUGUCGGAGUUUGCUGGGGCGGCGUCGUAUAUGAAGGAGGGGUGUCUGACGUUCCACCCGGCUAACAUAUCGGAGACGGUUGAGGCGUUACAUGAGGCGGUGUCGAUGGGAGAUGAAGAGCGGAAGACCAGAUACGAGACUCUGCGACGGUUUGUGGAGACGAAUACCAGUGCGAAAUGGGGAGAAAACUUUAUCGAUACUUUGACGCAGCAUCUCGAGGGCUGAUUUGCCUCGGGUGAAAUCGUAACUUUGAUUCCAUCCUGUUGGGGAGGUCGGGCUCCGAUGCGCGAUAUUGCAGGCGGCGUGAUAUUGCAGGCUAUCCCUCUCAACUGGCGGGUUGUUCGGAGAUGCACUCGGAAACAGGAAUAUUGCCAGCAGGAAUGCGCCCAGCAAACCGUGGCUGAAAAGGAGUUAUCUCGGCAUACAGGAGAGAGAGACCUGAGUCAUAGACAUCUGCAACAGACACAGACGGCAAGGCUUGUUUCACGGGACAUUAGACAGCGAUUCAGCCGCGGCAUAGAUAGAAGCAAUAUAGCAUCAUUGUACGAAUGAAAGCCGAGAUGACAUGGCAUGGUACAGUGACAGAUCCGAUUCGGAUUGAUUACCUCUCCUCCCCUCCGGCAAGAUCAAGGACCCUUUGGCCGUCAGCUCAUAUUCCGUAUCCUAAAGCCAAAUGAAUAUACUUUAC